CUCUUCCUUACCAGUUGACGAGACCUGGAAAAUCGAAUUUCCUGCCCCAACAACAAACACAAGUCAAAGAAUCCACCAAAUCUGUGCGAUUCACUUCUCAGGCCUUUCAAUCAUAUCCACCAAAACCAUUCCAAUUCAUCUCUCAAUCACUCAUAUUCCAUUUCUAAACAAAGAUCGAAUCACUAUAAAAGCUCUGUGAUUGAAGAAUUAUGAAACCCUAAAACCCUUCACAGCUUCUUUAAUGGCGAGAUCUCAUAUAGACUCAGUUGUUGUAGUUGAAGACGAACACGUAAGUACUGAUCAUCAUCGCGAACCUUAUGGCGAUGAUGCUUUGAGUGUGUUGAAUCAACACCAGAUUCAGCUAGAAAAGCUUGAAGCGCUUGUUAAAAACCUUGGCGAACUGGUAUCUAGGUUAGAAUCACGUUUUACUGAUGAAGAAAAGUUUAAAGUUGAGAGGCUGUCGCGUUUAGGUAUUCAAGAACAAGAUAAGUAUGAUAGGAGAAAGAGCGACGGUGAUGGAUUUGCUGAAAAGAUUGGACAUGAAGGUUUAGAGAGUAAGAAGAGAUAUAAUGGGAGAGUAGGAGCGGUGUCUGUUACGAAGUAUAGCCCAUUUUGGUCAGAGAAGUUUCGGUUUGUGUCGGCUGUGAAAUUGGGCUCUGAUGUUACUUGUAUCAAUGUGUUGCCGUUCAGGGAUUACGAAGGAUUGACUAGGUAUGUGGCGGUUGGGGAUGAUCAAGGGAGGAUCUAUGUGUUUUCGAGAAAUGGGGAUGUUUUGGUUGAGUUUAGUACAUUGUCGGAUUCACCGGUUACAGCCAUGGUAUCUUACUUGUCGAUUUAUAAGAAUGAGACAGUGUUGGUUACUGGACACGAGAACGGUGUAAUUUUGAUGCAUAGGGUUUGGGAAGUGUCAAGUGGAGAGGAAUCGAGUUUGCUUCGUAUUGAAUCUGUGGGGAAAUUUCCUUUACCUGAAGUUGGGGAAGAUGGGUCGACCAUUACUAUUCUGGAAGUGCAUCAUGUUGGGAGGACUAGGUACAUUUUGUCUUCUGAUGAUAGUGGAAAGAUAAGGGUUUUCCGGGAGAGUGGGACUCAAUAUGGAUUGGCAGUGCCAAAAAGCAGGCCACUUGUGUUCUUGAAGCAAAGGCUUUUGUUUCUUACAGAGACUGGUGCGGGAUCAUUAGAUUUGAGGACCAUGAAAAUCAGGGAAUCGGAAUGCGAAGGUUUGAACAAUUCUGUUGCUAAGAACUAUGUUUUUGAUGCCACGGAAAGGUCGAAAGCAUAUGGCUUUACAUCAGAGGGUGAUUUGAUUCAUGUGAUAUUGUUAGGUGAUAUAAUGAACUUCAAAUGCAAGGUCAGAUCCAAAAGGAGUUUUGACAUGAAUAAGCCUCUAGCUUUUCAGGCAAUAAAAGGGUAUUUGCUUCUUGUUAACCAGGAGAAGGUUUCUGUGUAUAAUGUCUCAUCUCAGCAUUAUGCCAGGGCUGGCGGGCCAAGGCUUGUAUUCUCUGCAGGUCUAGAUGAGAUCAUAGCAUCAUUUAUGAAUAAUCAAGCUGUUGAUAUAGAUUCCCAAAAUAGAAGAGUGAUACCAUUAGUAGCCAGUGACCGCGAAAAGCUUGUUAUUCUGAGUCUUGGAGGUGGGUAUGUGGGGAUGUAUCGCUCCAAGCUUCCUGUUUUCAAAGGAGAAUUCAAUAGCAUGCUAUGGACCAGUCCCGUUUUGUUCUUCAUUCUUUUCCUCUUUGGUGCAUGGCAAUUUUUUGCCAAUAAAAAAGAGGCUCUUACCUCUUGGGGCCCUAAUGAUCCUUUUACUUCCACAUCAGCUACUAAUGGAGCUCCUUUAGGAUCUGGAUCUGGUGAUAGAACUUUGGCAGAUUCAUCCUCAAGGAAUGCUGAUAUUAUGGGUCUCAGAGGUGCUAGUCUAAGGGGUACGACAAGGAGGUAUGGUUCUCCACCCCGGUAUCCUGGUGGAACAGCUAGUUCCUACGUGCCAACUUCGGCUGAUACAAACUCUAGACCUGCUUCUUCUGGUGAUCCCCAUUUUAGAACAGCAUCGGAGUUGAGAUUUAGGGGGUCGAAUGCAGAAUCUACAGGUAGAAGAGAGAGUAUAUUUGUAAGCAGUCAACCUGUGGAUGAUAGCCAUUGACUAAUAACAUCCAUUGCAUGCACUUUUUACCAAACUGAGUUGGUUGUUCUCUUCAUUUGAUCCUCAAAACUGUGCAUUUGGCACUGGCGGCCCGGUUGAGCGUGCUGUUGUAGUAGCUUUUGUAACACUAGUUAUGUGAGAAAGAAAUUGUGAGAAAAUUUUAAGCAUUUUGUGCUCCAACUCUCCUUGAACUGUUGAUUUAUGGGAAAAUUGGCAACCGUAGCUUUUGGUUUCCUGUGGUAUGGUUCUUUUACUUCCUUCAGUUAGUUCAAUGGCAUCAGAGUCUUUAAACUUAUAGCAAAAUGUUCUUGAAUUUCUUUCAUGCCAUAUAUAGUGGAAAUUUAGUUCUUCAGAGCCUCUGUAU